AUGGAUGAUAUUGACAAGGAGGAACGAGCGUUUCCAGGAAACCACGUAAGUGAGGGGGGCAGGACGGAUGAUAACUUGGAGUUUCUCGAAUCAGAAGGCAAGGAAGACGGUUAGGUAAAAAAUCUUGGAGUGAGGUCGAGGGUACACUCAGCACCGUAAACAGUUGCAAUUAGCGUUCUCGCCUGACGAGUGUCAGCCGAAGCGCACGAGCCCGAACGUCAUCCGGACGAUGACAAUUUGUGAAUCGAGAAAUAUCGAUCGUUUCGCGCCAUCUUAGACCGGAGGUUGAGUCACGGAUGUUAAGCGAACCGAAUCGAUAUGGAUGAGCGGCGGCGCUGGAGACUGUGAGAAGUGAAAGCUACGUGGGCGACCAAUAGAAAAUUGGCUGAAGGCAAGGAAAUAAGUGCAAAAGAUAGAAAAAGGUGUAACCAGGGACAGUAAGGCUCUCCGUCUGGGACACGAAACUGCUAGCCGGAAUAAUAGUGGGAAGGAAAAGAAGGACGAUUAUCUACCAGCAAAAGAGAUGGCAUUAGAAACAGAUAGCGGACGCACCCCAACGACCUGAUUAGUGAUUGGGAAAAACUAAGAGCCUCAAAGGUCGACUUUGUUGCUGAUCAGCAGAAACCUGACUGAUGACUGCGGUAUUUGCAACAACAGAUAUGCAAAGCCAAACUGUGAUUGCCAGAGUUCACUAUGGAGAGCUGCGUGUCACUCAGUCGAGUAGGAAAGAGGCCAUGGGAGAGAGCUAUGGAUUUGGGUGGCUGUGUUCGUCAAAACAACAUGUACUUUUCUGCACCUAUCGACAGCACAGCUCAUCGCCUUCUCUAAAAGUCCCUAUUUGAAUUACGGGUAGAAGCUAAAAGAGGGUGCUAUACGGUGACCGGCGACAUAUGAAGGAUCAGACAGUUUUUUAGCUGUCUUGUCGGCGACUGAUAGAAAGUCGACUGUUAACGAUAUGGCCUAUCAGAAACGCCAUAUAAGACGUAGUCAGAAGUGGCAGGGACCAAUAUGGUCGACUGAACGCCAAUCACUAGAUUCGAUGAGAGUGGGAGAAAGCAACUGGCACAUGCCGCGGUAGGCUGCAGCAAGGACAGAUGAUAAUUAACUCUGGCCAGCCAACGGUGCCUACAGCCGAAAUGAAACUGAUUGAUGGUUGCGAUCUCCGUCGUCAUAGAUGCUCAAGGUGAAGUUUGAUGUAACAGGGCUCACAUCGGGCGAAUGGCCACCCAUCAUUGUAAUACGUUGAGACUUACGGUUCAGUGUGAUUGAGGGAGCCUGUCAGUACCAUGUCUGGGGAAGAGGGUGGCGUUGUUAAUGAAAAUGGACAUCGAAAGAUACUGUUAAUGAGCAUGACAAUGCCUCAAUGAAGCGAAUAGAAUCUCCUUAGGAGUAGAGAUCAGGGGGAUACUCAUAUCCGCGCCUUACCACUAAAUUUGUGCUGCGUACUCACCCCCACAUUAUUCGGGUUCCGUGUUUUCUGCCAUGCUGAUGGACGCCUACCUGAGAGGGAGGUCGGGGUCGAUAUCAGUUACUAAAUCGAGGGAAACUAUUCAACAUUCGUCGCCAUAAAGCGUCCUCGGAGGUAUCCCGGACUAUCGUCCAUGACUUAUUUUGUACGGGUGACUGAGCGCCUAAUAUGAUGGCGGGAGAGGACGUGGAACUGGUGCAAACCUCAGCUCAACACAAAAACCAAGACAUACAGAGCGGUAGACAUGAUGGCGUGCUUUAUGAGGCGGACACGUGAAACAUCUACACCAAACAAGUCAGGCAACUAAACCAAUUCCUCCUAGAUUCCCCAGGAGAACCCCGCAGCCUAGGUGGGAAGACAUAGUCCCCGACAGGCAAGUCCUGGAAUGAGCUCGAAUCCUCAAAAUCUACGUCACGUUGAAAAUAAGCAACUACGGUGGAGCGGCCACGUAGUGAGGAUGCAGGACGAACGCUUGCCCAAACAAAUCCUAUACGGUGAUUUCACAGAGGGUGCUGGUUAACACGGAGAGCUGAAACGAUGUCACAAGUCCCUAAAAAUCUCCCACGAAGAUCUAUAAAUCAACCAGGAGACCUGGGAACAUCUCUCUCAGGAUCGGCCGACAUGCGGAAGACAACCAAAUCACCGAUGGCAGAGCCGAAAGAGCGGCUCUCAAGUCUCAAAUGUUUUCAACCCACGACACCGACGCCCAACUCCCUCCAGCAGGCCUACGUUAUCAACGAGAAUCCUGCACACGGAUCGGCCUCGUCAAACAAUUCUGGAGCCAAUGCAACGACAACACGACAAGUUCACCUGCUGUCUCUGCAAACGUUUCCAUCGCCACUCCGCGCAAAAUGUGCAGCGUCCGCAGUGGUGGCGGCGACGACCACAAGCGCCACCGCCACCGCCAGCCAAACCAAAACACCAUACCCUUCCUCACUAGCACAUACACCACACCCGAAUCCGCUCCCACAUAACCCACUAUGAGCAAGGAAUAGGCCCUUCUCGUGUAAAUGAGGAGCGUGUUGUUUGGCUUCUUCUCCAUGUGGCCUCUAUGGCCCUCUCACAGCCAACCCACCAAUGUAAAGACCUGGGUUUGUAGGUGUCAAGUCGUGUGUGGCACGCGAAGACGGGCUAUCUGCCCCUUUCAACCACUGGGCUCAACCCCCGUCAUCAGACAACUGACCGGCUCGGAGAGUAGACUUGUGCCAGGGGGAUAGAAGGAUGAGAGUGAGUUCGGAGCUGAGGAUUGCGUCUACACAGUACUUGGCGCAUUCUUUUUAAUAAAAAUAAUCUGGCGUUCCAAUAAAAUAGAGUGACUCAUUAAAAGUCGUGACUUGGCAGGCUGUCAACUGACGGGAUUACUCGGUUCUCCCUUAAGGAUGGAUAAUCAGGCUGUAACGGCUCCAUUUUAACGUGGCUUCUACAGCGUCCCCAUUUGAUCGGAACCCGAGCCUCUCCUCCUUUUCUCUUGUGUGGAAACCUGGUCAGUUAUGUGCGGAAUAGGCGUGUGGCACGCGCAGGCGAACUGCUUAACCUUGUCAGUCACUGCGCCCGGUCACGCCUCCGGUCUCAUUGACUUUGCCUUCUGUAUGUGCGGGAGGGGAGGGUGGGGUAGAUUCUGCGUAGCUCUAUUACCACUACAAAAUAACUCCUACUCAAGACACCAUCCCUGCGCCUGUGUUGGAUGCUGGCGUGGUGAUUGUUCGGCCAUCUGGCUCACCGGCCUGUGCGCUCCCGGAGUGGUUAAUUACUUUGGCCAGACUAUGCCUUAGCAUGGAAUAUGGAUUGGGAUGUCGUUGCCCUUGUUGAUAGACUGAGGUCCUGUGAACCAUGAAUCAAGCAACUCGCGGCUCACGCGAUUAUUCUCUCUCUCACGAGAACCUCAAUCUAUCAACAAGUGCAUCCCCACUCCAUAUUCCGUGUUUAAGCAUUGGCUGGUCAAAGUAACUGAUCACUCGGGGAGCGUGCAAGCCGGUGAGCUAGAUAGCCGAGCAAUCACCACGCCAGCAUUCAAGCCAGGUGAUAAGAUUUCAGCAAUUAAGAACUUAUCGGCCGGCCAUCAAGCAUUUAGCACACCAGCGGGCAACAGUUCUUGGGGAAGGGGAGCGCGGCUAAUUACUAUAGAUUUGCGGUAGCAUAGCGAAUGUAUCCUAGAAAUACUGCAACACACUGUGCACGAAUCACCCGUUUCUGCCGCUGUCUCUGAUGAUGGGUUCAAGUGUGAAUCCGAAACGUCCGACGAAUAAAGGUCCUGUUCCAGCGAGCGCUUCUUCUUAUCAAUAUAGCUUCGCUCCAGAAGCAGGCAAUUUCUCCCUCAUCUCAGAACCAAACGAAGCUGCCCACUCCACAUGUCCAGUUUGUACACCCAUCCUGUUCCAACACAUCCGCCAGCUGCUGGUAUCACAUCUCCUUUGGUACCAAAGCCCCUUGCUGCAUCUCCUCCUGCUCCUGAAUCCCCAAGCAGAGCAAACGAGUAAGACGGGUCAGCCCGCAGAUUAGUGCAGCCAAUGAUCCUGGCUGCUCUAAUCCUGGUUGCACAUUCUAUGUCCGCGAUAUCCGGAGUGGUGGGCGUUUCUUGGUUGAUAUUGGUGCACAUUUCAGUGCCAUUCCGCCCACACCAGGUGGUCGUCGGCGCUCCAAUCCUGGUCUUUUCCUUCAAGUUGUCAACGCGUCGCCCAUUAUCCCCUUCGGCACCUACUCUCUCUCCCUCUCUCUCUCUCUGGACAUCGGCCUUUUCUACUGGGUCUUCGUCGUCGCUGACAUCUGUGCCAUUAUCGGCACAGACUUCCUCGUCACCUUCGAUCUCCUGGUUGACUGCCGUCAGUCCUGUCUACACGAUCAGACCACCAACCUAACCGUCCGUAGUAUCUCUUCUGCCUACGCUUCCCGUCAACUCGCCGUCCUGGACCCUGAACCUAAAAAUCCAUUUCGACCACUCCUCGUCAAAUACCCCAGUCUCACUCGUCCCAAAUUCAGCGCUUUUACUCCACCAAACGACGUUGUUUACCACAUCCGGAUCAUUCGCCCUCUCGCAUUUUCUCUGCCCCACCGUCUCGAACCCGCAAGACUGUUUGCCGCCAAGGCCGAGUUCGAGCACAUGCUUCAGAUGGGCAUGAUCUGUCAGUCUGAAAUUCCCUUGGGCCUCGCCUUUCCACAUGAUCCCAAAGGUCGCCACUGGUGA